CUCCUUUCACCCACUUCUUCUUCUUUAUCGUAAUACAUCUCCCCCACAAUGCAACUCAUCUAUUUCUUGGUCGUGCCCUUGGUUAGCGCGAGAGUGAUUGGGACGACGCAACAGAUUCCGAUUCCUGGGCACGUCGCGGAGGAUGUCGUGAAACACAUUGCGCAAGAGGAGUCCGCACUGGCAAUUGGAGUCCAUUUCACAACUUCUUACGCGGUUGCUGCGGCGCGUUAUAAAAAUGGAACUACGCGGACUUUGGUCAAGGUCGCGGCUGAUGCGGAUUACAUCGAUCUUCUAUCGCGGUGGUCACAAGGGCAGCAUGAUCUCAAGAAUCAAGACUGUCAUGUUCAAUCUCGCCAUUCAAGUGUUCCUAAGGAGGUUUCGCGGCGCUAUCGUUGUACCAUGCGCUCUCUGCAACGCAGUUCACGCCGAAUGCUUGGCCUUCCAGCAAGUCGCGAUGCAGCCAUACUAUCUGAUUUCAUGAGCAGAGUGCGCUCAGAUCUUCAGGCAGAAAUACUUGCACCAGUUACAAGCAUUGCACCAGCUUUUCCACGACUCUCACAUUCCCAGAAAGAAGAUGUCCGGGAAGCUCUGUCCUAUGCUGGCCUCACAUCUUCACGACUCCGUACAAGUCACGCCGGCACCAUUAUAUACCAAGAUGCGAAUGCAGCGUACGCGGGCCUUGGACACGGCCUGUGCGAAAGUCAGUCGUCUCGCUCAGACUGCCAGUCUCCAGCAAAUGACCAAUCAGUCCUCUACUUUAACUUCGAUAACUCUUCGUUCAGUAUCGGAGCGAUGACAUUGAAGAGCGCAUUCCAAGAACAAAGAACAUACGUCUAUGGAUCGGACACAACGCUGGGAUGGUGGGAUCUGCCAGUCUACGAAAUCCCGAGAGCAAAGUACUGGGCGCGAAUUCACGAGAUGAUCCUUAACGUCCUCGCACCGAUGUCCCUACCACCGAACCGGAUUGUUCUGUUAGGCGAACACGGCGCAGAUGAGGAGUUCAAAGAAGUCGUAAAAGCCGCGACUUGGGAAAAGUUCGACUUCGAUGUUGAGCUGAUGCUACAAACGGUUAAGAAGGAGGAUGUUGGUUCGUUAGCAGCCAGAGGCGCUGCAGAGUUGGGAUGGCGAGACGAGGAAUUCAAUAGAGAGAGUGUUUCUCGGAGGAGAGAUGCAGAGGAAGCGAAUGAGCUAUAA